AUGCAUAAAAAAUCAUCGAUUUCGAUCUACAACCUACUUCGCAAAAACCCUUUUACCCAAUCUACAAAACCCAAUUUUUUUUCUCUUUUCAAAUCACUUGCACCAAUUUCUAUUCACAAAUGUUCACUCUCAAAACCCACAAUUUCUUCCAAACCCACUUCAACUUUCCCCCAUUUCAACCACCCAUCAUCCUUAAUUUCUCAAUUGAGGAGUUACAGUGGAGAUUCAGCUGAUAAUUUUGACAAAAAUAAGAUAGUGGAUGAAAUUAAUUUGAAAUUUGCUGAAGCAAGGGAGGAAAUUGAGGCAGCUAUGGAGUCUAAAGAGACUGUUUAUUUUAAUGAGGAAGCUGAGUGUGCUAGAGCUGCUGUUAAGGAAGUGUUGGACAUGUUUCACGGCUUGUUGGGGAGGUUGAAGGAUCAGGAGAGAGAAGCUUUGCAAAGGUCUAUGGGACUCAAGAUUGAGCAGCUUAAGGCUGAGCUUCAGCAGUUGGAUGAUUGA